AUGUCUAAGAUAAAAAAGAUAGAUCAGUCCGUCUGCGGCUACAUGCAGAGCCAGGUCAAGAUCAACACUUUAUCAGACGCUAUCAGGGAGCUCACACAGAACGGAGUAGAUGCAGGAGCAACUAAUAUCAAAAUAAACGUAAAAGUCCAGUACGCAGAAACAACGGUUGAGAUAGAUUAUACCGAUGAUGGCGAAGGAAUAGGUCCGGAGUCGAUGGAAGUUUUAGGAAAAAGAUUUUUCACUUCAAAGCUAAUUUCAAACUCCGAAGGGCCAGAUUGCGAUCUUUCCAUGCUCCAGCGGUUGACUACCUUUGGCUUUAGAGGAGAGGCGUUCAACUCUCUGUUAAAUAUAUGCAGCUCUGUGCUUGUAGUCUCAAGAGUGAAACACUACAAUAGCGGCUUCAAAGCUUGUUUUCAAGGAGAUGAACGAAUUGGAAACAUAGUGAAGAAUAAUGGCCCAGUUCCUAUCGGAACCAGCAUAAAGUUGAUAGGAUUUUUUGAUCCUGUAAUUGUGAGGAAAAAUAUUUUAUUAAAUAAUAUUGAGAAUAGAUGGACACAGGAUACUUUCGAAAUCAAAAGAAUGGUUCUAGACAGCCUAAUUAAUAAACCCUGGAUAAAGGUGAGAAUAACGAGGCAAGAAUUCAAACAACUGAAAUGGGUUAGUAAAGUAUUGGUCGACAAAGCCUCCACGUUCACGGCAGAAAAAGUUUCUUUCCAAUCUCAAAUGAGUUUGUUCAAGUCUAUUUUUGGAGAAAAGACUUGUGAAGAUUAUGAACUUUGCAAGGUACAGCUUAAAAAUAUACAAUUAAAAGCUGGAAUUGGCUUAUCAUCACUGCAGACGAAGAGCUAUCAAUUUAUAUACUUGAACGGUCGCCCAUUUAUAAGUGAAGAAAUGGUAAAAUAUGUCAAUCGGCUUUUUCAAAAAAAAUAUGAGUUAUGGGGCCAUAACGCCAAGAAUUCACGGGUGAAAAGCCCCAGCAAGAAAUCGUCAAGCAUGUAUGGGAGACCAUAUAGUGUGAAUCCCGUAUUUGUUGCCAGUUUUAGUGCUCCUAUUAAUAUAUCGGAGUUGAUGCAAGAUCCCAGUAAAGCUUGCUAUACAACCAAGAACAUGAAGAUUUUACUGUUCCUGUUCACUAAAGUGAUUGAAGUUUACUUUGGAAUUUACAAAAAGAAGAGAAAGGGAACCACCGAAAAGGAGCAAGCCAAAAGCACUGUUAAAAGCAAAAGACAGAAAGUACAAGAGUAUGCGGUUCUUUCGUCUGAUUCAACAGUUUCCAAAUUCAAGAAGUCCGAGUUGAAUGGCAGGCUAACUGACACAAACCCAGCAACCAUAGAGGAAUUUCCAAGAAAAAUGCAUGACUUCAACAAAAUCACAAAUAAACUCGCCUUAAAAGAGCAUUUCCGUACCAUGGAUCAGCCCGGACACGGCAAAAGGGAGGAGGGACUGGUAGACGAAAAUAAUAUCGGUAGCCACUGUUCGAACUGCUAUAAAGUACAAAAACAAGACAGCUUAAAGAGGCAGUCCUUCUUUUUUAAUAACAUCGACAAGGUUGUUUUAACGAGGGAAGAUUUGCGGGAGUUCCACGUGAUUGGGCAGGUUGACAAGAAGUUCAUCCUCCUCAGGCUGCAGAACCGUAUUGUAGGAUUUGACCAGCAUGCCAUAGACGAACGGAUCAAUGUGGAGAGGAUGUACAUGCAGUUAAUUGAACAGUGCAUGUCGGGCGGCGAGAGUUCGGAGCUGGAGGACAAAAUUGCCUUCGAAACCAACGGUGUAGAGUGUGAGCUUAUCGCAAGGUACGAAGAAACACUCGCUUUCUGGGGGAUCAGGUUCGACAGGGACUACACCCAUAUUACACAUUUGCCAUCGCUGAUCCUGAGCAAGUUUAUGAAGAUUGGCUUCAGCGUCUUGCGGAAAGGCGUUGUAGAGUUUCUGUACAAUUUGGGAGAGAGCAAGAAGGUUGCGUUCAAGCCGACGGAAACUGGUAAGCCCCGUGGCGCAGGGAAUCCCUUCUGGUGGGUGAGAUACGUCUCGCAUAUGCCGGAUAUCUACAGGGAAACCAUCAAGUCCAAGGCUUGCCGUUCCUCCCUCAUGUUUGGAGAGCAGCUCAGCAACACCCAGGUGACGGACAUUGUCCGGCAACUUCAGCUCUGCUACCAGCCGUUUGAGUGUGCGCAUGGGCGGCCGUCACUUUACCCGAUAUGCGGGAUAGACGCUGGCGGCCACAGAGUAGAGCAGUCAAACUGA